GUAAGACUGUGGAGGAGGGGAGGCGGAGGGGGCGCUUGGGCUUUCACUGGAUCCAGCCCUGCCAGCCCAGCCAGCCAGCCUGAGACAACCCGCGCCAGCCACCCAGGCCUCAGCGAAGCCGGACUAAGCAGGCACCAUGCAGUGGAUUAGGGGCGGAUCAGGAAUGCUGAUCACUGGAGAUUCCAUCGUUAGUGCUGAGGCAGUAUGGGAUCACGUCACCAUGGCCAACCGGGAGUUGGCAUUUAAAGCUGGCGACGUCAUCAAAGUCUUGGAUGCUUCCAACAAGGAUUGGUGGUGGGGCCAGAUCGACGAUGAGGAGGGAUGGUUUCCUGCCAGCUUUGUGAGGCUCUGGGUGAACCAGGAGGAUGGGGUAGAGGAAGGGCCCAGUGAUGUGCAGAAUGGGCACCUGGACCCCAACUCAGACUGCCUUUGUCUGGGCCGGCCACUACAGAACCGGGACCAGAUGCGAGCCAAUGUCAUCAAUGAGAUCAUGAGCACCGAACGUCAUUACAUCAAGCACCUCAAGGACAUUUGUGAGGGCUACCUGAAGCAAUGCCGGAAGAGAAGAGACAUGUUCAGCGAUGAGCAACUGAAGGUGAUCUUUGGGAAUAUUGAAGACAUCUACAGGUUUCAGAUGGGCUUCGUGAGAGACCUGGAGAAACAGUACAACAAUGAUGACCCCCACCUGAGUGAGAUAGGACCCUGCUUCCUGGAGCACCUUCACAGUGACUACAGGUAUGUGGCAGCUGCUCUGGCUGUCAUGAGAAACGUGACUCAGCAGAUCAAUGAGCGCAAGAGGCGUUUGGAGAAUAUCGACAAGAUUGCCCAGUGGCAGGCAUCUGUCCUAGACUGGGAGGGUGAGGACAUCCUAGACAGGAGCUCGGAGCUGAUCUACACUGGGGAGAUGGCCUGGAUCUACCAGCCCUAUGGCCGCAACCAGCAGCGGGUCUUCUUUCUGUUUGACCACCAGAUGGUCCUCUGCAAGAAGGACCUGAUCCGAAGAGACAUACUGUACUACAAAGGCCGCAUUGACAUGGAUAAAUAUGAGGUAGUUGACAUUGAAGAUGGCAGAGAUGAUGACUUUAAUGUCAGCAUGAAAAAUGCCUUCAAGCUUCACAACAAGGAGACUGAGGAGAUACAUCUAUUCUUUGCCAAGAAGCUGGAGGAGAAGAUACGCUGGCUUAGGGCUUUCAGAGAAGAGAGAAAAAUGGUACAGGAAGAUGAAAAAAUUGGCUUUGAAAUUUCUGAAAACCAGAAGAGGCAGGCUGCAAUGACUGUGAGAAAAGUCCCUAAACAAAAAGGUGUCAACUCUGCCCGCUCAGUUCCUCCUUCCUACCCACCACCGCAGGACCCGUUAAACCAGGGCCAGUACCUGGUCCCCGACGGCAUCGCUCAGUCGCAGGUCUUUGAGUUCACCGAACCCAAGCGCAGCCAGUCACCAUUCUGGCAAAACUUCAGCAGGUUAACCCCCUUCAAAAAAUAAUACCUACAGGGAGGCAGAUAAUUUUAAAAUAAAGUAAAUAAAAUUAUAUUUAUAGAUGGACAUUUUUUUGG